UGCAGGAUAGGAUGGAUCAUCUCCGGCAGAUAGCGGAAGCUUACUACGAAGCCAGCGAGUCGGAGAUCCAAUCCAAACUCCAGGACUUCUUCAAAACCCUCGACACCGACAGAAAUGGCCGCAUCAACAAAACCGAGUUCAUAUCCUUCAUGAGAGAAGAAGGCCACCACCGCAUGAGCAACCCCAGUUUCUUCUCUCUCAUCGACACCGACCGUGACGGCUCCUUAGAUUUCUCCGAGGUCCUCACGCUCCUUUACAUUGUUUGGAGCGGGAGGCCGUUCUGCGACGCCUGUGGGAGUUUCAUUCCGACCACCUUUUUCACCUGCGCUCACUGCCGCGCCGUUAAUCUCUGCAUUUCUUGUUAUCGGAAUCGGAGGUAUAGCCAUGACCACCCAGGGCAGCCCGCCCGGUUCCUGGAUAAUUAUGCCCAGUUAUUGGACGCUAAGAAAAGUUCCGGCGGCGGCUGCAUGAAUAUGAACAAUACAUCGUCUACUCAUCGUCCGACCACCCAUGAAUCACACAGCAGGGAUAUCCGUACUGUUCCGGGAGCUAAAUAUGAAAGAUGGAAGAUUGCCCUCCAAGCACUUCAGAUAGCACUUAUGACCCUGGGGGAUUCUUGUACCAUCAUGUAAACAAUGUCAUUAUGUCAAAAAGUCUAUGGAUUUGAAGUAUUAUUUGUU